AUGGCACCGGUCCAUCCCGCUUCCUGCCAGCUUUUCUUCUUCGUUUACCUCUUUUCCCUCAUCACUCAGCCAGCCUUCACUCAAGAUCCAUCUGUCACCACGGUCGCCGUGACCGAAGACAGUCCCUUCAUUGUCCCCUCCACACUAGUCAAUGAGACAACUCUGGCCAAUGUGGAGACCACCCAAAACCCGCUUCAAGACACAGGUCUGUCCACUCCGUCCAGCGGCGGCGACGCAGACGACGAGGACGGCCCUCCGGUCGGCGGGACGCGUUGCCAGGGUUACUACGACGUGAUGGGCCAGUGGGAUCCGCCCUUCAACUGCAACGCCGGUGUCUUUCUGUACUGCUGCGGUACCUGCUUCUAUCGCUUCUGCUGCCAGUUCCGCCAGCAACGUCUGGACCAGCGCAUCUGCUCUAACUACGACACACCCAUCUGGGCCAACACCGGCAAGCCCGUGGCCACCAUCACCGAAGGCCAGGAGGACCAGGAGCGGGACCGCACGCAUCUCAUUGUCUACAUCAUCUGUGGCGUGGUGGCCAUCAUGGUCCUGGUGGGCAUUUUUACCAAGCUGGGCCUGGAGAAAAGUCGCGGAGGAGGCGGGGCCACCGUGGCCGCGCACACCGACCUCAACUCCAGGACACUGACUGACCUGCUGAAGCAACAGGGAGGCGAGGUGAGCCCAGUCGAGAACGUCGAGAGCAGUUCACCCGGCAGAGGACGAGCUAACGGUGUCUCGUCCAGGAUGCAGCGCAGCAGGAGCGAACAGUACCAUCUGAAUAACUCAGCUCAUAGCCAGUUCGGACCAAGCCUGCCUCACUCCCACAGCAACCAUGGCACGGUGGGACUCAACAAGUACACUUCCUUGAAAGCCGUGGCGGACAGUGCAUCUCACAGCUACUACAAGAGCUUCCCCGUCAUGGACUUCGCCCACUACCGGACACCCGCCUUUCCGCCAGUGCCAGUGCAGCCCAAAGAGAAGUCCUACAUCCACCAACACCUUCCAUCGCAAUCCAACCUGCACUCUCCCCUCUCCAUCUCCAUCCCCUCCAGCCAUCUAGAACACGCCCACCUACCAAAGACCAGCACACACCCUCUACUGUCCAGUUCGGCCUUCAAAGCCUGGGAGCCGGUGGGUCGCCACGUCCAAAGGCAGAGCUCAGCCCCGGGGUCCGGGCCCACGCACGCCUCCCACUGGAGACACUGCUACUCCACCCGUCGGCAGCAGAGCAUCGAGAACAUGCCGGAUCUUUUUAGCCAACCUGGUGGCGGGAUGUACGCGGGAGGUGGAUCGGGAGGUGCGGUAGGGCACGGGAUGCAUUUCCACAUGCAACAUCCUUCUCAAGCAAGCUACUAUCAUCACACAAGGUCAAAGAACUACUCUACACACAGUUCGACGGAAGUGACAGUCUAA